AUGGGGCCGCGAGUGCCGCCGCUGCUUCCUGCGCUGCUGCUGCUCUGUGGGGCCCCGGAAGCCGCCCGCCUGCUGUCGCCCGCCGCGACGAACGGGAGCCGGCCGGUACUGCCGAGCAACGGCACACACCCGCUGGGCGCUCCGGGCACGCCGCUGCUGCGUUCUUUCUACGUGCUCAUGGGCGUCAGCGUCUUGGUCGCGUUCUACUUCCUCAUCCGGGCCUUCAGGCUGAAGAAGCCUCAGCGGCGGAGCUACAGCCUCCUGGCCAACACGGACGACUCCACCGAGCUAUCAUUGCUGGACAGCAACGAGGAGACCAUCUUUGAGAGGAGGAACUCGAGAUGACAAGGCCGAGACGGGCCAGCAGACUGCAAGAAGGACCAGGGCAGGGCUGGCAUCUGUGCUGCUGGCCUUGGCUCGGUGGCCCGGGGAGCACCUGCAGCAGCCUUGGCUCGGUGGCCCGGGGAGCACCUGCCAGAGUGCCCAGCAUGCCCUGAGCAGCCUCAGCCAGCCCCCCCACCCCAAGAAAUGUGGGCCCCUCGGCAACACCCACCCAGACUGACUGUGGCUGCUCCCCCUUCUUAUGGGGCAUGGUAUCCUGGAGCUGAGGGCGUUGGGUAGGUGGGCCUGCCAGAGUGCCCACCCACCAGGAUAGGGACAAUAAAAUCAGAAGUGGUCACAGCUUACUGGGCUGGUGCCUGACCCCA